UCACACCACCUAAGUUAAGUUAAGUACUCUCUCUCUCUCUCUCCCCCAAAACCUCACCCCAAACCAAAAAUCUCCCAGAAAUAUCAUCAGAAAAUUUAAUCCAAAGGAACAGAGGAAAAUUUAAAAAAAAAAAAAAAUACACAUAUGUAAAUAGCAGAAGCCAUUACCUUCCGAGGCGAGUCUUAGCCACGGCAGCGUCAAGCGCGUCGCCGAGAAUGGCGAUAAUCCCCGUCGCCGCCACAAUCAACGACUUACCGGAGGUUAUUCUUUCUGUUAUCUUCUCCUUCCUUUCUGACGUCCGGAGCCGUAACCGUCUCUCCUUAGUCUGCCGAAGAUUCCGGGCAUUGGAAAGAGCCACGCGCACCUCCCUCGCCCUCCGUGGCAACGCGCGCGACCUUCACCUGAUACCCCGCUGCUUCGGCUCCGUCACCCACCUCGAUCUCUCCCUCCUCUCGCCGUGGGGCCACGCGUUGCUUUCCCCCGCCGCUUCCUCCCUCGACCCUAAUCUGCUGGCGCGUCGCCUGCGAGUGGCGUUCCCCUUGGUGACAUCGCUCGUCGUCUACGCGCGAUCGGCGAGAUCGCUACAGGUACUGGCACCUCAAUGGCCUGGAUUGCGCCACGUAAAGCUGGUCCGGUGGCAUCAACGGCCACAGUCGCAGCCCGCAGGCGACGACUUCUUCCCGUUAUUUGAGCAUUGCCAUUCGCUAUCGACGUUGGACUUGUCGGAAUUCUAUUACUGGACGGAGGACCUACCUCCGGUUCUCCAAGCCUCUCCCGGCCUAGCCAAAUCCCUCACCAAGCUAGAUCUUCUGACGACGUCGUUUACAGAAGGAUUCAAGGAUGACGAGAUUCGUACGAUCACAGAGGCUUGUCCUAACCUCAAACAGUUCCUCGUUGCCUGCAGGUUCGAUCCCAGGCUGAUUGGCUUCGUCGGCGAUGAGGUUCUGCUCGCCAUAGCCGCCAAUUGUCCCAAACUAACACUUCUCCAUGUGGCAGAUACGUCGUCGUUUUGGAACACGCGUGGCGAUCCCGAGGACAAUGGGUUUACCGCUGAGGACGCCAGAAUUAGCCGCGCCGGCUUGAUUGAUUUCUUCUCGGGGCUUCAAUUUUUGGAGGAGUUGGUUCUGGAUGUUUGCCAGAAUGUCAGGGACAGUGGAUUGGCUCUGGAAGUGCUUGCUCGGAGAUGCCCUAAGUUAAGGGCUCUGAAGCUCGGCCAAUUCCAUGGGUUGUGCGCAGCGGUCGGAUCGCAGCUGGACGGAAUUGCGCUUUGCCAAGGGCUUGAGUCGCUGUCGAUCAAGAAUUCAGCGGACUUGACGGACAUGGGGCUAAUAGAGAUCGCUAGAGGUUGUUGUAGGCUGAGGAAGCUUCAUAUCUAUGGGUGCAAGGGGAUUACAGUAAAAGGGUUGAGAACACUGGCUUGUUUGCUCCAUCGAACUCUCGUUGACGUUUCGAUCUCCUGUUGUAAAAACCUGGACGCGAAAGCGUCGUUGCAAGCUCUGGAGCCUAUUUGCGAACGGAUUCAGCGGCUCCACAUCGAUUGCGUCUGGGGAAAUUUGGACGAUUCUGGCGGAGGGUAUCAUAAUUUUGAUAUGAUAGACUCCAUCGAACAUGAUAAUGACAUUGACGAAGACGAGUACGAGUACGAGCGGAGAAGCCGGAAGAAAUACAAGUUCGAUUUCGACGCCAUGGCCAAUACCUCCUACGACGGCGUUGGGCUUUGGAGCAGCAAGAGCUGGGAUCGUCUGGAGUAUCUCUCUCUAUGGAUCGCCGUGGGAGAGCUACUAUCGCCGCUAACAAUGGCAGGUCUGGAGGAUUGUCCAAACUUGGAGGAGAUUAGGAUAAAGAUUGAGGGAGAUUGCCGGAGGAGAUCCAAACCAAUGGAGCGAGAAUUUGGGUUGAGCUCCCUCACGAUUUAUCCAAAGCUGACGAAAAUGGUUUUGGAUUGUAAGGACACCAUAGGCUAUGUGCUGACGGCGCCGGCUGGACAAAUGGAUCUAAGCCUUUGGGAGAGGUUUUUUCUUAAUGGGAUUGGGAUUUUGAGCCUUGACGAGCUUGAUUACUGGCCGCCGCAGGACCAGGACGUGAACCAGCGCAGCCUGUCGUUGCCGGCGGCUGGGUUGAUGUCUGAGUGCAUCACGUUGAGGAAGCUGUUCAUCCAUGGAACGGCCCAUGAGCAUUUCAUGAAUUUCUUCCUACCGAUGCCAAACCGCAGGGAUGUGCAGCUUAGAGGUACUUACUAUCCUGCGCCGGAAAACGAUACCAGUACGGAGAUGAGGGUCGAUUCUUGUUGUCGUUUUGAAGAUGCACUGAAUAGUCGUCGCAUUGAUGAUUGACAGAGAAAACACUAAUAACAAAUCCUUCAUUGAAAGUUUUGCGGGAAAAGUAAUGAAUGUACAAUGUAAUCAAAUUUUGAGUAUUUUCACAAUGAGAGAUUUUUUUUCUCUCUUCUUUUUU